CGUAGUACCGGCCAACGUUCUGUUUUCUCCGUUUUGUUUGCCGGUGAUUUCAUUCCAAUGCGCGAGUGUUGCGUGUGCACGGGGCGAAUACGCGACGUCUCAUUGUAUGGAAGUACACGAGGCGCCGUGUUUUGGUUAUUUUCAGCACCAUUUGAGAGAAAACCAUUGAGAUGACACUGUAUUUCGACACAAAAAUAGAAUUCCUGGAUUCGGAUGCAGUCAGCACCAUCAGCAGUUGGCAUCCCAGCGAACCGCUCUUUGCAGUGGCUUCAUUUAGCGCCGAAAGAGGCGGUUCCGUGACCAUUUUUGCGGAUACUGGUGAGCCGCAGCGGGAUGUCACCUAUCCGGUGCACGCCACUUCUCAGGCCACAGCGAUGUGCUGGCAUCCGGAAAAGGCUCUCCUGGCGAGUGGCUGGGAGCAUGGGGACAUACACGUGUGGUUUGCCGGACACAGGGAGUUUGCCAGCGUAAACGCUCCUCACAAGGCGGCCAUUGUUCUGCUGCAGUUCAGCGAACAGGGCGGACGCAUGGUUACGGCGGAUGCCAUGGGCUUGGUGACGGGAUGGCGCUGCGACGGCCAGUACCAGUUCUUGACCAUGUUUUCCCACGAUCUGCGGGAGGUACUGCUGCUGAUCUGCUUUCGACGAACGGUGGAGAGUGAGGUUCGCGAGGAGAUGGCUAAUCUCGCCAAGGCAGCGGUGGCCGGUGAUGAGAAUGCCUUGGACACCCUAACCAAUUGGAGGCCAAGAACUGCAGCCCGGAGUAUGACACAUUCUGGGGUGAGAGACAAUCAUUGCUUCUACGCCUGCACCCAAGGAGGGGUUGUGUUUUACAUAAAUCAAGGAGGCGCCUGCGUUGAGGUGAUGAAGUGCGGAUCCCUACCGCCCAUUGUCCAGAUGUUGUGGCACCCCAAAAAGGACGCCGUUAUUUGCCUGAUGGAGGACUUGACUGUCACUCUGUUUUUGGUUGAAUCCACGGGCAUUCUCACGGAACUGGACCGCGUUAAGAUGAGCGGACGUGGAGGAGGCCGACAGGGAGGCAUCGCCUGGUCUGGAAACUCUUUGGCCAUCAUUACAGGUGAUCUUUUUGUACGCAUUUGGGACAUCGAAAGGAGUGACAAUUACCUCCUGAAAAUGGAUCUUCCCAGUGGCAACCAGAUCGGUUCAUCCUUGACCAGUUUGAGUAAUGGCACCAUAUCGUCGUCAAACCAAUUCUUUAGCCAUGAGAGCAGCACCGAAAGCAGCAGUGUGCCCCGCAAGACACCGAAGUACGGUCAAAUUAGCGGCGAAAUUUUCACCUGUUUGGCUUAUAGCUCUACGGGCCAAACUCUGUGUGCGGGAACCUCCCUGGGAAAUCUCUUUACCUGGAAGAGAAGUGGCAGCCGACUAGUUAGUGCUCCCGAAGACGCAUGGCAGCUGACGAACAUAUCAUCUGUGAGAGGAGCCAUACGGAGCUGUGAGUGGGGAUUUAAUGAACUGGCCAAGCCCUGCAUGCUGGUCAACUGUCUGUCCAAUGUUUUCAUGCUAAAGGAGCAACCCUUAUUGGCCUUUUAUACCCGCGAACUUUGGGCAGUUCAGGGGUCGGCCAAGUCGGUGCAGUUGACUCAUUGCAGCGGUCGGGAGACCACUGUUCAAUCGGAGUUUGCAGUGACUGCCAUGGCCUUGAACGAAUUAAGUCUGGUGAUGAGUAAUGGCAGGAGCAUCUCAUCCUACAGUCUGCAGAAAGUGGAAAGGAGCCUGGACGAGUUUGACGAGAUUCUGGAGGCAGUGGAGGGUGCUCCGCCUACAUCGGCAUCUACAGGCACUCCUUUGAGUGUGAAGCUACUCCAGACCUUUCCCGCUGAAUGUUUAUCCCUGCACCUAUACAACCAGAACAUAUUCUGCCUGGCGAGCAGUGAUAUUAUGGUCUACUCUGUGGGGGGCGUGGUGCUCCACCGCAUGCAAGCCAGCGAUAUUGAAGGAAAAAUCAUCGGUAUGGAUUUAAGUGGCUGCUAUCUCUCGGUAUUCACCAUGAAUGGCUACGUUAAGGCUUACGAUGUUUCGAGACACGACCCUAAGCUCCUUUUUCCAAGCAAAUCCGGUCAUGACAUUUUCGAUGACUUCGGAGAAUUCAUCCUGGUAAAGUGCAAUAGUCUGGGAAGCCAUUUGGCCAUGGUGAUAGCCAGUAGCAAUUUUACCCCAAUUUCAGCUCUGUUCUGCUGGGACUUUGAGCGCAAUAAUUUAUUAGAGUAUGAUUUAGUGGAGCAGGAAACUAGUUCUAGGAAAGAGAACUCCUCAUCCAGCCUGCCUGUUCGAAUUUUUUGGGAUGCAGAGGAACCUAGACUCCUGGCCAUGGAGGUCAAGUCAAUGAUGCAAAUGACUCUGCCUCAAAAGAACUCGCCCCAACCCAGUCAUUUUGUUCUGUCAAAGAUUUUACUUUUAUUUUAUUCGGAGAAAGGAUGCCUCAAUAUUCUUGAGACUCAACCUAUGAGUCCAGGCUCUCAAUUAUUGAACCUAUGUGUGCCAAACGUGCUCCGCCUGAAGAUCAAUGCAGUAGAGGAGCAGCCCCUCCAGGAUUUUGUAGACCUCCAGCAAUGCGAUCCAGUUACCCGGAAGCGAGUCUUGAAUUUCAGCCUUCAUGUGGCAGAGGGAAAUAUGGAUAUGGCGUAUCGCAGCAUUCGAUCAAUUCAGUCCAAAGUGAUCUGGACCAAUCUGGCAAAGAUGUGUGUCCACACAAACCGAUUGGAUGUGGCUAAGGUGUGCAUGGGUCAUUUGGAGCAAGCCCGCUCCGUUCGUGCCCUGCGCCUAGCCAUUGAAGAUGAUGAUCUCGAGACUGAAGCCAAAGUAGCAGUUCUAGCAAUUGAACUAGGAAUGAUUGAGGAAGCCAAGGAUCUAUACCGCCAAUGCAAGCGUUUCGACUUGCUCAACAAACUACUUCAAUCCACAGGACACUUGGAUGAGGCCCUGCAGUUGGCCGAGACUGAGGAUCGCAUUCAUCUGAAGCACACUUACUACCAGAAGGCCCAGGAGUUGCGAGAAAAGGGUGACAUUAAGGGAGCUCUGGAAUACUUCGAGAAGACGCAGAAUCCGGCGCAGAAUAUUACACAACUGCUACUGGAGAAUCCAGCGUCCAUGAAGCGCUACAUUCAGACCACCAGCGAUCCCAAGCUGCUCAAGUGGUGGGGCCAGUAUAUCGAGAGCUCCGGAGACAUGGAUGCUGCUCUGGCCGUCUACCACAAGGCGGAGGACUGGUUCUCGCAGGUAAAGAUUCUUUGCUACCUCGGCAAGAUCUCAAAGGCGGAUGCAAUUGCCAGACAAUCUGGGGACAAAGCGGCUUGCUAUCACUUGGCAAGACACUACGAGAAUGUGGGAAAGUUCCAGGAAGCUAUUAUGUUCUUCACGCGUGCCCAGACCUUCAGCAAUGCGAUUCGCAUUUGCAAGGAGAAUGACUUCCAGGAGGAACUCUGGACAGUAGCCAGUUCAUCGAGGCAGAGGGAUAAGGCCAUAGCAGCUGCUUAUUUCGAGGAGUGCGGGAACUUCAAGCACGCCGUGGAACUCUAUCAUAGGGCUGGAAUGCUUCACAAAGCCCUAGAGAUGGCUUUCGAGUCUCAGCAGCCGGAAAUUCUGGAGAUUAUAGCUUCUGAUCUCGUGCCGGAGUCGGAUGCCGAGUUGAUCAAUCGGUGUGCGGAUUUCUUUUGCAGUAUUGAGCAGUUCCAGAAGGCCGUACAGUUGCUGGCCAAGACCAGACACCUGGAAAGAGCUUUAAGUAUCUGCAUGGAGAAGGGAGUGCCGGUGACCGAAGAGUUGUCCGAGAUGCUCACUCCGGAGAAGGGUGAGUUCGACGAGGCCAUUCGAGUCAAUAUCCUAGUCCAGUUGGGCGAGAUCCUUCAGCAGCAGGGUGAUUACCACAGUGCCACCAAGAAGUUCACCCAGGCCGGUGACAAAAUGCGGGCGAUGAAGAGUCUUUUGAAAUCGGGUAACACCGACAAAAUUAUAUUUUUUGCCAAUAUGUCCAGGCAACGUGAGGUCUACAUUAUGGCAGCAAAUUAUCUCCAAGCCUUGGACUGGCAAUCGGACCCCCAAGUCCUUAAGCACAUUGUCAGUUUUUAUACAAAGGGCCAGGCCUUCGAUUCCUUGGCCAACUUCUAUGCCAUCUGCGCCCAGAUCGAGAUCGAAGAGUUUCAGGACUACGGCAAGGCCUUGACCGCCAUGCAGGAAGCCUCCAAGUGUUUGGAGAAGCUCAGUCAUGCCCAGCACGCCUACAACAACCUGCAGCGCACGGUAGCGGAUGUAAAGGCGAUCCUAGAAAUCCAGCAGGCGCUGCGAGAAGGUGAUCACCAGCUGGUCAUCGGAUCCUGCCGCAGCAUGCUAAUAAAACCGGAGCUGCCGCCUAUCCGCCACGCUCACAUUCUGUCCAUGCUGGUUCGAGCCCUGGUCUAUGCCAAACAGUAUCCUGAGGCUGGAAGAGCUCUGAAGGAACUAGCCGUGAAAGACAACUCGUGGAGCGCCUCUGGUCUCUUGGAUCGAGGCAUAGUUCAAAGAAUCGCCCAGGAAUGCGACCUGGACUUUGAUCUCAUCUGGAAUUCGGGCCGGCAAGUGACCGCCUCCACAAGCGGCACUGCCGUCACUGGAAUGAGCAGCACUUCAGCCUUGACAACGAGCGAUGAUGACGAGGCCGAUGACGAGGAGAUCACAGAGGAACUGCAUUAGGUGAUUCAAUAAAUAGGCAACGCAGAACAAGUCACGGCCCUAAUUAUUUCACAUUGCGGAUAAAAUGUAAAUAUGCUAUGCAAACCCUAUAAAAUGGAAAAUAUUAGCUGCCUUAUCACCAUGCGCAGUAAAUGCAAUCCGAUGGUACUGAAGGGUAUCUUUAAGCCUAAAAAUCCCAGUUACGUUAAUAUAAAAGUGGUUGCUCAAGUUUUAAUCUAUUCUUGCUACCAGAAGCAUUUCCACAACCAAAAGUCCCCUAUUUCUGAAUAAGAAUUACUGGCCAUUUAUUGAUUAAAGUGUUAUCAGAUUAAUCAUUAAUUACAAUUUUCUAGGACGAAGGAACACUUUUGCAAGAAGAUCUUCGCGUGGAACAUCUUCUUGCGGAGGAAUUCCAUAUCGUCUUGUGAGAAUGUAAUAGGUUCGUUGCGCAAUGAAUAUUCCGAAAACGUUUUCUUAAUGAGAUAUUGUAAAGAAAAAUAAAAGCAGACAUAACGAUAAUCAAAUGAUAUAAUAGCAUGACUAUGAUUGUUUAGACGCGAUUAGUGGAAAGCACCCUUUUCUAAAUCAACUAACGUAAUGUUAGGGCGUUCAAAGUUCUCAAACAAAACCCAGCGGAGGCAAUGAGCCAUAUUUGUACAUAUAGGCAAGUAUUUCGCCAGAUUGCUCACAAAACUCUAAAAGCUCCCCACGCUCCCUUUGACCCACUGGCAAUUUAUGAAUGAAUCGUACAAUACACGCGGGUCUAGUAAAAGCUUUCGUUAUAAAAACGUACAGUGGGUUCAAGUGAUAGACGUCACAUCAAAACAAAUAUAAACAGUGAUAUGGAUUUGGAUCGCCGUAUUUGCCGGCGCCAGCUGAAAAGAGAAAGAGAGCGGGCCAUCGGAUCGGCAUGAAUCACUUGCCCAAAAGCGUCCUCAGCUAUGAAAUCAGAAUGAUUUCCAGGAAGUCAGCGAAACUCAAACAAGCCGAAAGAGCAAUUGAAAGCUGAUGUGCUCUAAAUCGGUUACCGUCAUGGAAUAAGCGAUAUCUAAGCACGUCAAUGUAAUAAUAUAUUUUGAUCCAAUAAUAACUAUAGAGCUAUUUUU